AUGGCAAAUGAUCCUCUCACCAACCACGGAGGUCUUUUAGACCAAGUUGAAACGAACGGCAUUACCACUGCACCUGCUGUAACGGCUAUCACCGCUGUCACAAGUAACGGCACUAGCUCCACUCCAUCCACAGCUGUUACAGCCGUCGCUCCUACAACAAAUACAAAUUCGCUUUUUGAAAAGUCUUUCAUUCCACUCAAUGAUCAAGCGGGUUCACCAGAGAAUAAAAGCACUGAAGGUGAAACUAAAGAAGAAACUGGUGAAGAAGAGACUGAAGAUAUUUCUAACUCUCAACUUACCAUCAGGGCCCUUGUUUCUACCAAAGAAGCUGGUGUUAUCAUUGGGAAAGCUGGUAAAAAUGUUGCCGAGCUUAGAGAAACAACCGGUGUCAAGGCUGGCGUGUCUAAAGUUGUACAAGGCGUUCAUGAUAGGGUAUUAUCUGUAGCAGGUACUUUGGAUGGAGUCGCAAAGGCAUAUUCCCUAAUCGCCCAAACUCUCCUUGAAAACCCCGUGAAUGCUAGUCCAACUUCUACUCCAAUCACUCCUCCUCCAAAUGCUUAUACCUCUGUCCGCUUACUGAUCUCUCAUAAUCUCAUGGGUACAAUCAUUGGUCGUCAAGGACUAAAGAUCAAACAUAUUCAGGACGUUUCUGGCGCUAGAAUGGUUGCCUCGAAGGAAAUGCUUCCCCAGAGUACUGAGAGAGUGGUUGAAGUUCAAGGGACUGUCGACGCUAUUCGUGUCGCAGUUUGGGAAAUUGGUAAAUGUCUAAUUGAGGAUAAUGAACGAGGUAUCGGAACUGUCCUUUAUAAUCCAGCUAUUAGGGUCACUUCAAGUUAUUUGUCUUCUCGUCGCGAAUAUACUGUUCGAACUGGAAGUGGAACUGACUUUACUCGCCCUUCUCGCAACGGCAACAACAACGAAUAUCAUAAUCGUGGUUCGAAGAUUUCGGAAAUUCGUAGACUCUCUGGUUCCCGUAUUAGUAUUGCCAAGACACCUCAUGAUGAAACUGGCGAACGCAUGUUCACCAUCCAGGGCACUCCCGAAGCCAACGAGAAAGCUCUUUACUUAUUGUACAACCAGUUAGAAAGCGAAAAGGAACGUCGUUUGAAUGUGACUGCAAAUGGUGAUUCCGAUUCUUAA